GUUUCAAAUCGGCUGGGGUGGGCGAGGCGCAUCUCUGCUGGGCUUCUGGUCGAGGUGGGCGCUGUGGGGUCUGGUGGACAGAAUAGACUCUUGGCCUGGCAGAUGGCCUCUCGGUGGCCUGGCGUGAGCGCCUCCAUGCGCAGGAGAUCUCUCCAGGACCAGGAGCAGCUGGAGGAGAGCGAGGUGCUGCAGCCUGCAAUUGGCCAACUGGAGGCCUCCAGCGGAGCCCUGGGCUCCCUCUGCAGACAGUUCCAAAGGAGGCUGCCCCUGAGAGCAGUCAGCCUCAACCUAGGGGCAGGCCCUUCCUGGAAACGCCUAGAAACCCCAGAGCCAGGGCAGCAGGGCCUCCAGGCUGCAGCUCGCUCAGCUAAGACCGCCUUGGGCGCCAUGUCCCAGAGAAUCCAGGAGUCCUGCCAAAGUGGCACCAAGUGGCUGGUGGAAACCCAGGUGAAAGCCAGGAGGAGGAAGAGAGAGACCCAGAAGGGCAGUAGCCCCCCAGCUCGCAGCCUGAGCCAGAGGAGCACCCGGCUGUCUGGAACCACCCCUACCCGCUCAACUCUGGGCCCCUGGGAGAGGGAGCGUCACCGCCUCUCAACCCAAAAGGGCCCACAUGCCCACCCACUGCGGAGGUCCAGGAGGGAGGCUGCCUUCCGGAGCCCCUACUCCUCUACAGAGCCCCUUUGCUCCCCCAGUGAAUCUGACAGCGACCUAGAGCCUGUAGGGGCAGGAAUCCAGCAUCUCCAGAAGCUGUCCCGAGAGCUGGAUGAGGCCAUUGUGGCUGAAGAGAGUGGUGACAUGACCGUUUCUCUCCUUCGUGACUGAGGACAGUGCCCUUCGGGUAAAGCCCUCCUCCCAAGCAUCCUGCUCAGCAUCUUCUCCCUCCUCCUCUCCUCCUCCCCCAUGAGCACAGGUGCAUCUUUGGAGACAUGUUAAAGAACUAAGUCUUCUGGAACAACCCAUAACUGAUGCCCCCCAGAGUAGGAAGCGUGCAGUCUUCCUACCAGCUCAAACCAGAGCUGCUGACCUUACUUACCCCAUCGCCUUCUGGCCUCGCAUUCUGGGGGGAGGCUCUGGUGUCCUCACUCCCCUGUCAAGAGCACAGCAAGAGGCACAAUGGGAGCUCCGUCUUGCAGGAAUUGAAUCAUAUCUGAUGCCCACACCCCCACACCUAGGAUCCAUGCCUCCCCUUGAGUUUCUGGAGGAAGCCCCCAGGCGUUGGCACUGCCCCUGAGCUACUGCUAAGAAAGACCUGACUAACAUAGGCCCAGAUGAGGGCUGCUCGGGGGCAUCGGCUCUCCUGCUCUGCUGCAACCACAUCUGAGCCCAGCAGAGACCACCUGCCACAGCCCAAGAGUGACUGGGGAAGACCUGGGAGAGGGAAGGGGAUUGUUCAUCCUACUCCCCUUUUGGGCUUUGAAACACACCUCACACUUGAGCCUUGUGGUUGCCUCUUUUGCAUCGUGAAGUGCAGGCUCCAGGAGGUAUCUGAGAGCACUGAGCUGUGCACCCAGGAACAGGGGCUGCAAGGAGUCACCUGUGUCACCAGUGCCCAGGCUGUUGGGAACCAGCUCCCAUGCCUGCUCCAAAGAAAGGGAUGGGAGAGGUUUCCAGGCUGUGAGACCCAGGGCCCAUGGGUACCUAUUUCUAUUCUCAGCUCCGGACGCUGUGGGUGGCAGGGAGGUGUAGUAUUGCUCAGUAGCAAUUUCUGCCCUUUGUAAAUUAUUUAAGAAAUCUGCUUUGUCAUUUUAUUAGAAAGAAAUCAGGGUGUAACUUCCUUUGAUAACGUUGCUUUUCCAUAAUAAAGACUCUUUCCGUAUUUGA